ACUUGUCACUCGGGAUCCAAUAGUCACCGAGUGAACCUCGUCCUGUCCAUUGUCCUUCCAGUCGCGUAGGUGGUACGCGUCUAGCAGCAAAAACGGAUCUUCUUUAAAAAGAAGAGAAACGAUCCGAGUUGAAAGUAUUAAUUGCCUUUUAUUCGUUUUAAUUCAGAGGUUUUAAUAUGGCCAGUGUAUACUUCUGGCUGGUGGUGUGGUGUAUCGUCGCGAGCAGAUUUUUCACGAGUAUUUUGGGACACCAUGGUGAUCAUAGAGAAGAAUGGGUGGUGAGAAUCGAAGGUGGAUCACAAAUUGCAUCCCUUUUGGCUCUGCAGUCGGGAUACAAGCAUCUUGGACCGGUCCUCGGAUUCAAGGACACGUACGUAUGGCUUAAGGAUGACAGCCGUGGUCAUAAGAAGAGAGGCGGGCUUCGUUUAACAAAAGCUUUGAAUUCCAGCACCAAGAUCAUUUGGGCAGAUCAGCAGAAGGCGAUAGAGCGAUACAAACGCGAUUACAUAUCGUUAUCCAGAUACGAUCCGGAGAAACCCUUGAUAAGGGAGAAGAGACUGGAGUUAGAUCAGUAUCGUUUGAAUAGUGUGGAGGAAAAUGACAGAAAUUGGCAAGAAUAUGAGCCAGAUGAUUCUAAGUUCAUGUUCAACGAUGAAUUAUGGGAUCAAGAAUGGUAUUUGCAAGAUACGAGGUUGAACACGGCUCUACCCAAGCUAGAUCUAAACGUUCUACCCCUCUAUCGACUGGGGGUAACAGGUCGCGGGGUCAAAAUCGCUGUUUUGGACGAUGGGUUGGAAUACACCCACGACGACCUGCGUAACAAUUACGAUCCAUCAAUUAGUUACGACGUGAACGAGGGCGACGACGAUCCAUUGCCGCGAUACGAAUCAUCAGAGACGAACGGUCACGGCACGAGGUGUGCGGGAGAGAUAGCAAUGGAGGCGAACAACCGGAAAUGCGGUGUAGGAGUCGCCUUCGAGGCUUCCGUUGGUGGAAUCAAGCUUCUCGACGGUCUGGUGAACGAUCGCGUCGAGGGAGAGGCGCUCGGAUACAAACCGGAACUGGUGGACAUUUACACGGCCUCCUGGGGGCCAGCGGACGAUGGGAAAAGUUUAGAGGCACCGGGAAGACUGGCCGCGGAGGCUCUCGAAAAGGGCAUUACGACGGGCAGAUAUGGUAAGGGUAGCAUUUACGUAUGGGCUUCCGGAAACGGAGGCUCGAAAUCCGACGACUGCGGAUGCGAUGGGUACGUAGGAAGCAUUUACACGAUCGCUGUUGGAUCCGCCAGUCAAACUGGACGAUUUCCAUGGUACGGCGAAAGCUGUCCAGCUACAUUAGCGACUACCUACAGCAGCGGUGCUUAUCACGAUCAAAUGAUAGCGACAACAGACUUGAGAAACACCUGCACGACCAGGCACACCGGCACUUCCGCGUCCGCUCCAUUAGCCGCUGGAAUACUGGCCUUAGCUUUGCAAGUAAACAAGGAUCUGACGUGGAGGGACGUGCAGCAUCUCAUCGUUUGGACCUCAGAGUACAGUCCUCUUAGGGAGAAUCCAGGAUGGUUUAGAAACUCCGCUGGAUUCUGGUUCAACUCACGUUUCGGCUUCGGACUUAUGAACGCGUACACGUUGGUCACGGCGAGUUCCAAUUGGACAACCGUACCGGGGAAAAUCAUCUGCAAAGUGGACGUCUCUAGAGUAAUUGACAAGAGGCUGGCUUAUGGAGAUACAAGGAAGCUGCGAUUCGAGACAGAAGACGAGUGUCGAUCGACUGGGAACGAGAUAACGUUUUUAGAACACGUAGAGAUCGAGGUCAGCCUCGAGUACAGUCUUCGUGGUGCUCUUCAGAUGCACCUGACUGCACCCUCAGGAACAAAUGUGCAGUUACUAAAACCAAGGAGACUAGACAAUUCAGAUUCGGGUUUCGAGAGUUGGAAAUUCAUGUCAGUGGCAUCUUGGGGUGAAGAUCCACGCGGCACCUGGACCUUAGACAUUCUCGACGAGAUCGGUCCAAAAGAGAAUAAUGGCACAAUAGAAGCGUUUGCGUUGAUUCUACACGGGACAAGGGAGCCUCCGGAGUAUCGUAAAAACGGGCCACGAAUUUACGACCAGAACUACAAUCGAAUUCGAAAAACCGACGAAUUUAUUCAUGCAAAUCGACCAAUAAAACCGGUGUUCGAGGAGGAGCACAACAAACUGGAUUCAGAAAUUCAAGAGGCAACUGAUAUAGACGAAAGAGAUUGGUGGGAUGAAUUUUUAUGAACAAAGAAAUUCCCAUUAUUCCCGCGCAGCGAGACAAGUAUGUACCUGCUUGCGUUUGCGGUGACUCUCAGGAUCUUGCAAUAUGUAACAAACAAAGAUGAAACUUGAGGAGCUGUUCCAACAACAGAAAGUGCUUUGUGGUAGAUCAAGAUUUGCGUAAUUCGAGAACCUUUAGCAAGCUUUCGAGGGGAAACUCGUAGAGCUUCAAUUACUUAAGAAAUAUUAGUACAUCCUUGAAUUUUUUAUCUUCCUGCUUGGUUUAAGUUUAAACUGAUCCAGAAUAGAAAUUCAAAAUUUAAUAAUUCUAAGACCUCUUCUUGAUUCUUGGUAUCUAUAGGGAAGAAUAGCGCGAAUUGAUAGACGAAUUUCUAAGUCUUCAAUUAAAAUCAUUCCACGAACAAGAUAUUAUUAUCCUCGUGGUUCUACCUGGAAGACGGGAAGAAGAGGGAACACAUUUUAAAUAGAACGUGACCGAGUUCUGAUAUUCUUCCGUGUCGGAGAAAUGCAAUUAAACUUGUUUAAAAUUCUUACUUCUAAUCGAGAAACGCUUCCCGCUUUCAACAGUCCCGAAAAAUCGAACAUAAUUUACGAGGAAGAUUAAUAUUCCCGAUGAUCCUAUCGUGCGUAUAAAAUGAUGGGGGAAAAAAUAUUAAUCGAUCAUGGCUAUUCCUAGUAUACCAAUCAACGCUGCUGUGUGAAAAACAUUCUAUCAACAUCCACGAAGGGUUAAUGACCGUGCUUCAAUGAUGGAAACAAGCAAUAUCGUAGCCGCGAUCUCUUUGGUCACGCGUUGCAACGAUAAAUCAUUCGAAUUUUUGCGAAAAAAUGCAAGUUCACUGAGAUCGCGCGAAUAUUCCGUGGUAAUACGUAACCUGAAAACGUUUGUCGUAAAAUAUGGUGAAAGCUAUUAGCGUAGCUCGCCCGCCAUUCCACCCCUUAAGAACGGGUCUAGAUGAAAUUCUCACGUAACUGAUCUACCCUCUGAAGCGGCCAGGAAUUCCAUGUUUCCAAGUGUCAAACAUAACUCGUGGCUGUUCCCACAAGUUUUUUCUCCGUUUUAAAUGGAAAAUCUAGCUCUCAUUGUUUUCGUAUCGAUCAAGACCCCAGUUCGAGAUUAAAGAAUAUUCAGAAAUUUAUUUCUGUUUUCUUUUCCAUGAUUUACUUUCGGUACAUAAAUCCUUAGCGAUGAAAGGGGAAAGAUAUAAUUGAAAUGCAAAUUAAUCCGUGCUCGAUGUGCUUACGAUCAUUAAAGAUUGCCUUAUCAGUUGACACGACGUUAGCCAGAAUUAAUUAUGCAGGCGAGGAUUGUAACAGUUUGAUAAAUUAACCGAGUAUUUCGUGUCGUAAUUUGAGAGGGAACCACUUGAUCGAUGACACAAACUGACGAAGAUUUGGAUUGCAUUUAGCUUACUUACAGCUUAUCUUCUUCAAUUGCAUCUGACAAAGAUCCUGAUUUAUGUUGAAAUUGAGGAAAACAAUUGAGAAUUCAAUUGAACCAAUAGAUAUCGUGUUUUUCUAAAUUUUUUGAGGUUCUAAAAAGAGAUUGAUGUAUAAAUUACACUCCCUGAAUUAUGAUAGAAUCACAUGAUAGUUUCACUCGAAAACUCUUUCUAUAUUCAGAGAUCUUGAGUGAAUAAUAAAUCAGUGCUUUCGCGCGGUCCACACUGAUCCUAGCUUAUAAAAAUAAAUCAUCCAAUUCCAUCUCGGUUCAUGCACGAUACGACAGUAAUUCGUUGAUCACGCGAUAAAAAUGUCACGACAUUCGAAUCCCAUUAAUUAAGGUCUUCAGCGUCCCAUUAGUAACCGCGAAGUAAACCUUCCAACUUUCUUCCACUUUUAAUUAAACCUCGAUUACUCUAAUUGAAUCUUCCAAAGCACCUGUUGAAAAGAAUUACAUUGAUUUUAACUUACACGAUCAAAAAGUUUUUUAUAACUAAGAACUUUAUAUUGAGAAUAUCGAUGAAUUAUUUAUGUAAUUAUUUUUGUUACACCUUAAGCUUUAUUUUGAUCUGCUAUAGGUAUCAUUUUGCAAAACUUUUGUGUCAUCAAAUCGUGUCAGAUUUUCGAUGUUUCAAAAUCUGCUAUUUGUCACGGAAUAACUUAAUAAAUUUAUAAUUCAUAAGGUUCGAGGUAUCCCAUAAUUGUAAUAAUAAAGGAUAUAUAGAAAUACAAUGUAAGAAGAA